CUGGAAAUGUAAAAUUCCUUUAUUUGUAAAUAUCAUGUAGAAUUCUGCUGCUCACAUUUUACAUAUUAAUAUAAAUAUCGUCACCAUUAUUUUAAUAUGUCAAUUUGUUUUCCAACGACUUGUAUCAAACAGGCUUCCGUACCUUAGAGGUUUGUUGUUAGCUUAUUAGCCGUUAGCAUAGGUUGUUAGCUUCUUUUGGCCAUGAGAUUGUGUUAGCCGUUAGCUUCUGUUAGCCGAUAGCUUCGCUUCGUAAAUAUCGUGUGUGUAAGCCGAUCGUUAAUCUCAGCCAUUAGCUCCAGUUAGCAUAUUUUGGCUGCGAGGUCCAUUUAGCUUAUAGCUGCUAUUAGCUCCUGUUAGCAGAACGCGAGGGCAGAGGAGCACGUGACUGUAUCACCGAGCUGAAGAUGUCUCCCAGGCCGCUGAUGAAGAGGCUGAUGAAGGCCGUGGUCGCUGUGGAGCUGCUGGGACUCUGUGGGGCUUAUGGUCUGUUUCACAAGAUGAACGACAGCAGAGACUUCAGGAACACGGUGAACAGACGGUUUCCAUCGGUUCUGGAAGUUUACUACCAGUCCAACGAGUGGGCGGGGGUGAACGGGAUCCGAGAGAGGGACCACGAGGCCUGGUCGGCCAAACAGGACUGAGACCCCCCCCCGCCCCCCCCCUCUCUGCGAAGUCCUCAUCUCCGGUCACUUCUUCCUCUU